AUGGGGCCCCCAGGCAAUAGGGGAUCAUGGGGCCCCUGUGUCCUUGCCCACACUCAAAAAAGCCUCCAUUCCCGAUCCAGCAAGAUCCCGGAACUAAAAUCCCUCUUCAAUCCUAUGGAGAGCUUAUACUUCAAACUCCAUUUGGAGGAUGACUUUUCCAUGGAAAUGAAUGGACAGUCAGCAUCAGGGGCGGACUGACAACUCUUGGGGCCCCCAGGCAACAGGGGAUCAUGGGGCCCCUGUGUCCUUACCCAAACUCAAAAAUGCCUAUGAAAAAGGUACCAGGGGCAUCUAAUGGGGCCCCCUACUGACCCCGGGCCCUCGGGCAGUGUCCGAGUUUCCAAAUGGUCAGUCCACCCCUG